UUGUGUAUGAAGAGUAUCUAUAUGGAAAGUAGUUUCUUACUUUACUAGAUAUUGGUAUUGUUCCAACAUCUAUAUUCUAUAUAUAUUGAAGAAUUAGUUUCUUGUUUUUUUCACUAUUCCGGGUUCAUUUACUUCAUCUAUAUAUACCGAUAUACACCAGAAACAAACCACAACAGAAACAAAGCACAAUGGACUACCUUCUACUUCUUCCACUAAUAAUCACCAUAGUAUGGAUAAACAUUCAUGUAUUCAUCUCUAGCUUCAAACCACUCAAAUCCUCUAAAAAUCCCCCGGGUCCUCGCCCUUUUCCAAUCAUAGGAAACAUCUUGGAGCUUGGCAACCAGCCUCACCAAGCACUUGCCAAGCUUUCUCAAAUUUAUGGUCCUAUAAUGAGUCUCAAGCUUGGUAAGACUACCACCAUUGUCAUUUCCUCUCCACAAGUUGCCAAAGAAGUGCUACAAAAACAUGAUCAAAUUUUUGCUAAUAGGACAGUCCCUGAUACUCUCCGAGCACUUGAUCAUCACAUACUUUCUGUGGUGUGGAUGCCACCUUUAGCACAAUGGAGGACCCUUAGGCGAGUUUGUGCUACCAAAGUGUUCUCUUCUCAGCAGCUUGAUUCUACACAGGUUUUUCGUCAAAGGAAGGUUCAAGAUCUUAUGGAUUAUGUGAAGGAAAGAUGUGAGAAAGGUGAAGCUUUGGAUAUUGGUGAGGCUUCCUUUACAACUGUGCUUAAUUCCAUAUCAAACACUUUCUUCUCAAUGGAUUUGGCUUAUUACACUUCUGAUAAGUCUCAAGAGUUCAAGGACAUCGUUUGGGGUAUCAUGGAAGAAGCUGGGAGGCCUAAUGUUGUGGACUUUUUCCCAAUCUUUCGCCUGCUUGAUCCACAAGGUGUGCGGAGAAGAAUGAAUGGUUAUUUUGGAAAGUUAAUUGCGUUUUUUGAUGGUCUCAUUGAGGAAAGGUUGCGUUUAAGGGCAUCAGAAAAUGAAUCCAAAGCAUGCAAUGAUGUGUUAGAUACUGUGCUGGAACUCAUGCUUGAAGAGAAUUCACAAGUGACCCGCCCUCAUGUUUUGCAUUUGUUUCUUGAUUUAUUUGUGGCUGGAAUAGACACAACAUCAAGCACGAUAGAAUGGGCAAUGGCUGAGUUGCUACGCAACCCUGAAAAACUAGAAAUAGUUAGAAAAGAGCUUCAACAAGUCCUUGCCAAAGGUGAACAACUAGAAGAAUCACAUAUCUCGAACCUUGCUUACCUACAAGCAGUGGUGAAAGAAACUUUUCGCUUGCAUCCACCCAUCCCAAUGUUAGUGCCACACAAGUCAGAAGUUGAUGUUGAACUAUGUGGCUUCAUGGUGCCUAAAAGUGCCCAAAUUCUAGUCAAUGUAUGGGCCACAGGAAGAGAUUCAAGUAUUUGGACAAACCCAAAUCAAUUUACACCUGAAAGAUUCUUGGAAAGUGACAUUGAUUUUAAAGGCCAAGAUUUUGAGCUAAUACCCUUUGGAGCUGGAAGAAGGAUUUGUCCUGGGUUGCCAUUGGCUUCUAGAACUGUGCACAUUGUGUUGGCCUCUCUUCUAUACAACUAUAAUUGGAAGCUCACGGAUGGACAAAAGCCAGAAGACAUGGAUAUGUCUGAGAAAUAUGGGAUUACUUUGCAUAAGGCACAACCUCUCCUAGUCAUUCCCAUCCAAGCAUAUUACCAAGGAAGAUUGCAUGCAUGCAAUCAAAUUCUUAAUAAGUUGUCGUAAACUGUACCUGAGUUCGAUUCUUAUGAAUAAAAAAAAUUCUUAAUAAAACCUUUAAUCAUUUGCAUGCAAAUGUAAUUGGAUCAUAAUUAGUUAGUUAGUAAAAACUUCAUUGUUUUUUACCCCCUUCA